UUGAUCUCGUGGUGUUCCAAACAUCAUAAGUCCAAAAACAAAGACAAGGCAUAAAAACAAAGCAACAACGUUAAGAUGCAGUCAAGAUUGUCAGAAGCAACAAGAAGAGCUUCUUGUGCAUUAUCUUCGACCACUCGUUUUAGUCUAAAACGUGGAUUUUGCUCCGGCACUCGAAGUCGGACUGCAGACCCUGAAAUUCAUUCAGGGGAACAAGAAGCUGGUCCCAGAGUUCACAGGGGACAACCCCAAGGUAUAAGUACAAAUGAUAAUGCUAAGAAUGCCGAGAUUGCUGAAACAGAACGCAGAGCAGGCAAAACACACGAGAUGUUGAAGUCUCCAAAAUCUCCGUGUGAACCUUCCCCGAAACUGAAGAGCGCGGGGGUGAACCAGCGAUUGGACCCAAUCAUUCAGCAAAAACGGGAGCAUACGUGGAAAGGUUUAGAAGAGGUGAGUUGUGCUGGCCUUGAUGGAAGUCCGUGGCCGGAGGAUGAAAACAAAGGGAAAGAGGACGAUAAAGAUUACUAUAAACACCAUAAAGCAUCGCCCUUAUCGGAGAUAGAGUUCGUGGAUUCACGGAAGCCGAUAUCUCGAGCCUCUGAUAAGACCGUAGAUUCUGGAAGAGGAAGGGAUGUGAUUGGGUGGCUGCCGGAGCAGAUGGAGUCCGCGGAGGAGACGCUGCUGAGGGCCGCGGAGAUGUGGCGGCAACGGGCCAUGCGUGGUGACCCUGAUGCACCUCAUUCGAGGGUUCUGAGGGCCCUUCGUGGCGAGGACUUCUGAAAAUCAUUUGCUAUGAAAGUAUCUUUUCAAACU